AUGUCAAGAGGACGCCUCGGUCACAUCUUGAAGGAAAUCUUCAUUGUGAAGCCAACAGGACUGAGCAGGCUGCAGUCGGGGAUCAUGGUCGUGUCUGCAGGUUACCUGGGGUACGUCUGGUACGUUGACGGCUGCUGCCCGUUCCUUCCCUCGAAGGACGCGAGGCGCCUUCCGCCUCUCUUCCGGGAGUCUGAGGCUCUUAUCAAAGACUCUGCGGAGGAACGACUCGCUCGGGAACUUGGUGUCACGACCUUCAAAGAGUGGAAGGAGCGGGGCUUCAUUCCUGACAGUCCUCCAGCCAGCACCGAGAAGGACUAG